ACCGAACCCAACCCGCUGCCCCAGCUUGCCCCAAGCCUGACAGUGCUGGCCCCAGGCUGAGCCCGGCUGAGUGGCUCCCAGUGACCCUCUGACAGCAGUGCAGGUGGGAUCCAAUUCAGUUCCAGUACCAGCUUUGCUGCAUUGUCCUGCUUUGUGCUUUGUUCUCUUUUGGUCUAAGCCCAUUAUCUACAGAAGGAUCCAUACCUUGGGCAUGCCCUACCCCAGUUUUGCUGCAUCAUCUCCAUCUAGGGGCUUUUGUGUGCCCCCCCUGACAUAUGAAUGCCCCCCUCAGCGGAGGUGCUAGCCGGUGCCUCUGUUCUUUGCUCUGAGGUGCCACAAGGGACAAAGGAUAAGCUGUAAGUUAUUGGCUUGACUCCUGGACUGUUUAUGUGGCUUCCUCUACCCUUGUGUCUUCUUCAAAACUCUCCUUUCUGUAUUUGCUGGGCUCAUACGCCAACCCAUCCACAAAGGUAAUGGAGCGGCUCUGCUGGGGUUGGUGGUGGCAUCUUGGCAUUUUGUGCCUUAUGCACUGGGCAGCUGGAGACACUGGAAGUAAAACCAAAAGCUGCAGUGAGGUGAAGCAGGUGUACCUGGCUAAGGGCUUCAGCCUGAAUGGAGCGCCACAAUCGGAAAUCUCAGGAGAGCAUCUGAGGAUCUGCCCUCAAGGUUACACCUGCUGCACCUCAGAGAUGGAGGAGAACUUUGCCAAUAUCAGCAGAGUGGAGUUUGAGGCCAAACUGAGGGAAUCCAGCGCUUCUAUUCAGAGGCUGCUCACCACACAGCACAGGAACUUUGACAGUUACUUCCAGGACUUGCUGAAUACAUCAGAGCGGGUUCUUCAAGAACGCUUCCCUAGCCAAUAUGGAGAUCUUUACAGCCAAAAUAGCAAGAUAUUCAGAGACUUGUACUCAGAACUGCGUCAGUAUUACAGAGGCUCCGGAAUUAACCUGGAGGAAGCCUUGAUCGAAUUCUGGAGCCGUCUGCUGGAGCGUGUGUUCAAGGCGCAGCACACACAGUACUCCUUUUCAGAAGAGUAUAUGGACUGUUUAGUGAAGCAAUAUGAGCAGCUCAAGCCCUUUGGGGACACACCACGAGAGGUGAAGCUAAAAGCAGCCCGAGCGUUUAUUGCAGCCCGUUCCUUUGUUCAGGGGCUCAAUGCUGCAGCUGAUGUUGUCAGGAAAGCCAACCAGGUUCCCAUGAGCACAGAGUGUGCACGUGCAGUCAUGAAGCUCGUGUACUGUCCUCACUGCCGCGGCCAUUCCAGCAUAAAGCUAUGUAGCAACUACUGCUGGAACGUUAUGCGCGGCUGUCUGGCCAACCAGGCGGAUCUGGACUCAGAAUGGAGAAACCUUAUUGAGUCACUGCUGCUGGUGGCAGACAAGUUUAAUGGGGCUUCCAAUGUGGAGAAUAUUGUAGGUGCAAUCCACACCAAGAUCUCUGAGGCAAUAACCCACAUGCAGGAAAACAAGGAACUCCUAACAAACAAGGUGUUUAAGAUCUGCGGCACUCCAAAAAAGACCAACAAAGGUUCCAAAUCUGAAGAGAGAAGACGGAAAGGAAAGGCUACUCAGGAAGAUAAAUCUGCUGUUGCCACAAUGGACAACCUGAUUUCAGAUGUGAAAGGAAUACUGAGUGAUAUUCAAGAUUACUGGGUUUCUCUACCAAGUUUAUUUUGCACAGAAAAGGUGACUGCUGGCCCGGGAAAUGAGGACAAGUGCUGGAAUGGAAUAACUAAGGGCAGGUAUAUGCCUGAACCCAUGGGUAGUGGUUUGGCCAAUCAAAUUAACAACCCAGAGGUCGAUGUUGACAUUACAAAGCCCGAUAUGACCAUUCGACAGCAAAUAAUGCAGCUGAAGAUCAUGACAAGUCGCCUAAGGAAUGCAUACAAUGGCAACGAUGUGGAUUUUCAGGACACUAGCGAUGACAUGAGCGGCUCUGGAAGUGGCGACGGCUGCAAUGAGGACCUAUGCGGCAGUGGUAGAAAGCUCUCUAGAGAAACUGUCAUAAUUCAGCCGGCCACGCACGCAGUUCCGAGGCAGCCUAACCCUGGGGAGACAGGGAAGGGUACCCGCCUCUCUUCCUGGGACCUACUCAUAUGUCUUGUGGCUCUACUUGUUGCACAGUGCACCCGAUGGUAACUGAUGUCAAUUGUCAUAAUAAAGGGAAUGCUCUUGUGUUUGCCCCAAAUAAACUUGACAACGUCCAGAUUUUGGAAGCAGAAGGGGGAGCGUUUGCAGGCGUCUGUGUCUAACACUGUGCUCUUCUGCAGUCUCAGCCUGCCUCUGUACCUCUACUUUCUUUUCUAUCCGAGUGCUUUUUAUUUGCCAAUACAGAUGCUCCCAUAGGCUACUGUUCUUACAAGUGAUGGGAAUCACUAAUUACAUAUCUUUUUUUUUUUUGAGAUGAAAUAACUUCCAAGAAUAUAUUUAUUAGUUGAAAGACAGUUCCUAGAGAGUCGCAUUGCUGCAGUGCCGGCGGCCAGAACCAUUUAUGCAAUUUUCUUUCUGUUUCUAUAUAAAGGACCCUUUUGUUAUUUACUGCGCCGGGAGUUUUCUUGUGUUAAGUGAAACACUGUGCGAACUGAAGUCACUUUGGAUCCACACCUCCGCAUUGCCCCAACUCCAUAUGUACUUUUAGUCUAGCACCUUUAUCUGUUCAGACUCUAGGACUCUCCCCCGAUGGACUUGUAUGGGCAGCCUUGUGUUGCUGAUUAGGCUGGUGCUACUGACUCUGGCAAUACAGUACUGCCGGCCCUUUAAAUGAAACCAUAGCUGACAUUGUCUUGGUAGAUACUAUGUGACAAGGGUCCAGGCUCUAGACCUUAGCCUACGUAUAAAGAGUGGAGAUUGGGCUUGUCUAGAAAAACAACUGAAAUGAACUUCUAGGUGUGAUUUUAUCUUGCUAAAGUUCACCUUGAAAGUUCACUCAGUAUCUUUUUGACUGAUAUAAUAUAAGUAAUGUGGCAGCCAGUCCUUAUUUUUUAUUAUCUUUUUCUGCCACCCUCCAAGUUUGUAUUUGAAGGGUUAAUUCACCAUUAAAUUCACUUUUAGUA